GUAACACCGUAAACAUUUUCUGAGUCAAAACACUAUAAUACGUAUGUGUGGUGGCAUGCAAGUUCUCAUAAACAAUAUACAAAACUCUAGGAAUAAAAGGCAUGUUGCCAUUCAGACUCGAACGUGUCUAUACGUUAUAUAAUAUGGUUUCACACACCUACUCGGCUAAGUACAGUUGGACUCGAUUUGAAAACGCUUUAUCGCGUAUUCUCAUUGAGAUUUUGAAGCAGAAUCGUCUGAAUAUUGGCAGUUUAAUAGUUUCGAUCCAAAUAAAUAAAUAAAAAACAAAUAAUACUACAAAUUUAACUUUUAUUUAAAUUGAUCAUAAACGGAGCCCACUAGCCACUACUUCAAACGUGUCUUACCAACUCUCUUCUAGAAACAUUUUAGGCUUUGCUCACCUUCCUCCAACCUCUCUCUAUCUCUCUUGAACAUCAUCUCUCCAUAUAACCCUAGCUAGUUUCAUCAUCACAAGAACCAGAAGAAGAAGAAGAAGAUGGGGAGGUCUCCUUGCUGCGAGAAGGACCACACGAACAAAGGAGCUUGGACUAAAGAAGAAGACGAUAAGCUCGUCUCUUACAUCAAAUCUCACGGCGAAGGCUGUUGGCGCUCUCUUCCAAGAUCCGCCGGUCUUCUCCGCUGCGGCAAAAGCUGCCGUCUUCGGUGGAUUAACUAUCUCCGUCCUGAUCUCAAGAGGGGUAACUUCACCCUCGAAGAAGAUGAUCUCAUCAUCAAACUCCAUAGCCUCCUUGGAAACAAAUGGUCUCUUAUCGCGACGAGAUUACCGGGAAGAACAGAUAACGAGAUCAAGAACUACUGGAAUACACACGUAAAGAGGAAGCUUUUGAGAGGAGGGAUUGAUCCCAUGACUCAUAGGCCGAUCAACGAAGCCAAAGCUCCUCGUGAUUCGUCUGAGAGUAGAGAGACAGAGGACUCGCUUGUGAAGUUUCUAUCUUUCAGUCGUCAACUGGAGAAAAAGAAAAGUUUUGGGGAUGAGAAAAAUGAUCAGAAAGGACUGAUAUGCAAAAAAGAGAGAGUUGAGUAUUCUCUUGUUGAAGAAAAGUGCUUAGAUUUGAAUCUUGAGCUUAGAAUCAGCCCACCAUGGCAAGACCAACAGCACCAUGAUGAGACCAAACUUUGGUUUGGGAGAGAGAAGUACAAGUGCACUGCAUGCCGUUUUGGGUUGGGAAACGGCAAGGAGUGUAGCUGCGAUAAUGUUAAAUGUCAAGUCGAGGACAGUAGUAGCAGCAGCAGCUAUUCUUCAAGCGAUAUUAGUAGUAGCGUUAUUGGUUGUUAUGACUUCUUGGGUUUAAAGUUAAACACUAGCGUUUUGGAUUUUAGUACUUCGGGAAUGAACUGAAAAUGUAAUGAAAAAUAUCAAGACAUUUAUUGAAAGCUGUGAUAUUAACAAUUUGAACAUAUUGUUGUGUUUGUCUAA